UUUUAAAGGAGUGUGUUGAAUUUGAAAAGCAAUAUAUAAAAAAAUUCCGCAAUUGUUAAUAGAAAUCAAUAAUAAGGUAGUAAGGCUAACAGACCGGGUAACAAAUACCCUUGAAAAGAAAUAUUUCAAAAAAAAAAUAAGGUGGAUUGUAAAGAAACAAGCUCCCAAGAAACAAAACAGAAGUGUACCGCCUUAUAUUCUAUGGGACCAGGUUAAAGUACCAAAAAUUGUGGAUUUGGUAUUAAAGAACUGACCCAGUUACGUUCAAAAUAACAUGAACGAUUGGGAAACUACAAUGGCUGAAAUGGAAAGAGGUAUGGCCGGACUUAAUGAAGUAAAAAGGGAUUAUUUUAGAUGGAAGAUAGUUUUCAGAAAAAGGGAAAGACAUAAGGUAGUUUGUAGGGAUAAAUUAAAUAUAAAGUAUACAAAAGAAUGGCUAACAAAAAAUCAGUUAGUGUUAACAAAAGCCGACAAAACUAAACAAAUGGUGAUUAUGGAAAAAGGAAGGUAUAAUGAAGCCAUUGAAGAUUAUAUUAAGAAAACGGAAUGCGACAUCGUGGACGAAAAGAUUGUAACAAUAACGAACAACAAAGUUAAAAAGCUAGAAAAAACUUCACUCGCGAAGUACAUGACGUUAUUAAAAAAGUCACAUAACCCUUGCCCCCGAAUACCCAAAAUAUUUGCGUUCGCAAAAACGCACAAGCAAAACAAAGAAAUUAGACCAAUAGUUGAGAAAUGUGGUGCUCCAACCUUUAUAUUAGAAAAACGAUUAACAAAGUUUAUCUAUGAAAUGUUGGAGGAUAAUGUAUAUGUAGCACAGGAUCCAAAUAAGUUGGUAAAAGAGUUACAAGGUUUGGCACUGAUGAAUGAUGAAAUAGGAACGGUUAUGGAUUUUGAAAGCAUGUACCCUUCCAUGAAUUUAACAUCUUGUUUUAAUACUCUUGUUGAUUUUAUGGUACAACAUAAUCCACGAUUAACAGCGUAUAUGGAAGACUUAAAUAAAUUGGUGGAUUUGAUGUGUUACCAAUCCUUUUGUAAGUUCAAUGGGACGGUGUACAAACAAAGGAAAGGAGUCCCAAUGGGUAGUCCCAUGUCGAGUCUCUUGUGCGAAUUAGUGGUACGUCAACUAGAAAAGCAGGUUCUAGAAAACUACAUGGAGGACAUUAUAUUAUACAAAAGAUAUGUUGAUGACGUAUUCAUAGUUUGGAAGGAUAACCGAAGGAUUGAGAACUUUUUAAUUACGAUAAAUAACAAUAAGCAUGGGUUAAAUCUAAAACUUGAACAAAAAAGCCAUACACAUAUCUAUUUUUGGAUAUUAACGCAAAUUCGACGAGAUUAAAUAAUCUAUAUAUAUAAAAUUGCUUGUCCUGACUGACU